AUGGGAGGUGAAAACUAUGUGGAGGGUGACCUCGGUGCUGUCUUCAAUCAAGCGGAGCCACUGACACUGCCGGUCGUUGUGCAGCUCUUGCGUGGGCGGCGGGACACUGGCGACGACACGGACGCGGAGAACCCCGCGAUGGCCCUCAUUGAGCGCACGCGCGGGCAGGUGGAGAUGAUGCAGGAGACGUGCGCCGACGAGCACAGCGUGCGGCGGGUGCUGCGCAUGCGGCUGCGGCUGCGCGACGAGGGCGAGACGGGCUUCGCGAACGCCCACUUGGCGAACUUCGUGCUGGACGCGGAGGGGAACGUGACGGGCGUGCGGGGGCCGGCGGGCGAAAACGGCGACGAGGCCCUCCGGACGGCGCGGCUGCGGCCCUUCGAGGUGGUGGCGCUGGCGACGCUGCGGCCAAAGACGGUGGAGGAGGCGCUCGUGCUGCUGCCGUCCCUCUCGCGCUACGACCUCAGUGAUCUGAAUCUCGCCCUGAAUACACUGGAGUCCAUCUGA